GACAGUCCAUAUUCCGCUCUGUGAGCCAACUUUUCCAACAGAGCGCGUCCGGUGUGCGCGUGGGCAGGGUGCAGCAGGGAUUGUCUUGUGGUGGCAAGUGGUAGCUGCUAUAAUUGAGUGUGUGCGGUCUAAAGACUCAAGACCAUUGGUUCUCAACAUACUUUUUUUGCACUGGUAUAUUCUGAAAAUAUAGUUUAUGAAGAAUUGCAUUUGCUUAUUGAUCCCCACUCAUGGUUCACCGUUUGCCUGAUUUAGUGGGAAUUUCGCAAGACUGCGCUUACGGAAUAAAAAGUGUCCCAUAGACCCAUAGAAAGCAUUGGACAUGCUCUGUGGGACUUUGCUCCAUUGGCGGCAUGGAAAUAAAAGAAAAACUGUUCGAGUGUCACAAGCUCCGACCCCCCUCCCCCCGUUCCCAUUCUUUCUUUCUUUUGUUGAAUAGGUGCUUCGGACCUUGCGGACCAUUGCGCACCGUUUGUGUUGAUCAACGAUAUACUUAUAUACGUAGCAUGGUUAAUAUAUUGUGAAGUCUAGUGUGUUGUGUUGUAGUAUGUGAAUGUUAUAAACGAUUUAUGAGAUUUGUUGCGGUAAGAUAUGAAAAUAAGAGAUGUAAGAGGUCUUCAUAAUCAUUUCCUAAUAAAACCGGUACCGUAAGUUGUAGUGCAUUCUGCCUACAAUAUUGAUGCAGAACGUUUCUUUCAUUAUCAUAUUUGUGGCAGUGCAAGAGGAUAUGCUCAAUACUAAGUGGCACUCUGCAACGGGGACAGGUGGGCCGAGGCCGACGAUCAAAAAUGAAUGAGUGAGUAUGAUAAGUAUGGCCGAUGCGAAGUCUAGCUAGCGUCUUUUCUUCUUUUCUGGAAUGUCUAGUAGAAGAUGACCAGCAUCCGAUCUUUGGUUUGAUUCGAUAAAGAUGUGAGCCUGGUCCGUUGGUAUUCCAAUUGAGUUGCCAAAGAUGAUUGCAGCGAGAUUUGAUGGAAGUGCGAAUAGAAUCAAUAUCGAAGUGUGCUUGAGAAAUGUGUGGAAGUUUCAAGGCUUUCUUGGCAUAGUGAUCAGCCAUGGUGUUUCCCAUUAUGCCAGCAUGACCAGGUAUCCAUAAAAACUGUACUUUGGUACCAAUCUCCGAAAGGUGCUGGUGAAUUUGGGCUAUACUUAUGUGUGUAUGUUGUGAGGUGUUCAAAUUCUGAAGGCUUUGAAUAGCGGACUUCGAGUCGGAACAAAUGCAAGCUCUCUGGACACGAUAUUGUUUGAUCAGCUGGAGUGCGACUAAGAUUGCAUAUAAUUCAGCAGAAUAUAUUGAAGUGUUAUUGAUGAGCCUCUUCCGCAUCCUAAUGAAAUCUGGAGAGAAAAUGCCUAUACCGGUGAGGUCGUUAGCUUUCGACCCAUCUGUGUAUAUGAAACGAUAUGUUGCAUUUUCUGUCUGAUAUUUCAAAAACGUUUGUUGGACCUCUUCAGGCGAGAGAGACUUUUUGGAUGUUGUGAAAAGCAAAGAAAUAGCGAGAUGAUGGAAUAACCAUGGUGCGAACCCAAGACGAGGUAGUGGAAGAACAGCAGGCAUGUUGUAACCCAAUUCUUCUUCAUAUUUUCGAACUCUAGAUGCUAUCGUAAGGCCUGUUCGUUUUUCGCAUCGUCCGAGAUAAUUAAAAUGCAGUCGAGGGAGCACAUCUAACCCCGCGUUCGAUGUCUCCCGGACGGCAAAGAUUCUAUGCCGUCCGGGCCCGAAAUGGCGUUCGAUGUCGCACGGACGGCAAAGAUUCUACGUAACGUCACGUAGAAUCUUCGUCGUCCGCGCAGAAUCUUUUGAGCGUACUACGGUGGGCAGAGAGGCAAUGAUGGCGCGUAUUUCAAAAGCGGCGCAGCAGCUGUUUGCAGAAGUUGUUGACAUUUGUGCGCGGUCUCUAUGGAAACGUAAACUUGGGCCUUUUUCGAAACUGACGCACAUUGUGUAAGUGGCGCACAAAAUGGCCGGUCUCGUCGUCCACCUGUGUGCUUCAUCGAACGCAAAAUAGAAUAUUCUGCGUAGAAUGUUCUUCGUCCGAGGAGACAUCGAACGCGGCCUAACGUACCGGGACGGCUGGGACCACUUCUGCGCCUGCCAUCUAUCGGGCAGUGUUUGGAACUACAGCGGGCGCCGGCCGGCCGCGCCGCGCGGCGCCGUUACCGGGCUAUGGAGGCGAAUGAAGUGGUGUAGAACCAGACGAAUUUUACGCUUGUAAAGCAAAAAACGAAAAAUGUACACUCACCACAGUGUUCAGCAAAGUACUGGGAACAAUAUGGAUAUAAUUUAAAGCUAGUACGAUGCAAACUGUUGGUUCCCUAGAGCAGUAUUUACAUACUUGUAGGAGAUAGGACUUUAACAUUACGGGAGCUUCUAAACUGCGCUCGCAAAGUACUUGAUUGUAAAUAUUUUCAUUUAGAGGCAAAAAUCUAAAAAUGUACAGUCAGAGCGUUGUUCCCAAUGCUUCUAGGUACACAAUGAGCAUAAAUUUAGCUCGAAAUGUCAUCACACAUUGGUUCCCAGUCCAGUUUAAAACGACACUUUGUGCCGCAGAGCCUAUCUCUUCCAAUGCAGGCCCAUGUCGUCCCCUAUCUCCGCGUGUGUCCACUAACACGAAUGACGUCACGCAUGUGGGCGGAGCUAUGGGCGGAGCCUAACGCACGCGGCAGUCCAAGCCGCCAUAUUUGAAUUUAUAUUUUAAUAGAAUCUUGCCGAUAUUUUGGGUGAAGUCAAUUUAUAUGGAUAGCUUGGUGACAGUUUAGCUAUACGAAUAAUAAUUUAUUAUGGAUGUGCAUAUAUUCAGCUUGGAAUUGCAAUUAAAGUUCCGCACCGCAUAGAUUCGAACUCGGGACCUUUGGAAUACUACGCGGGCACGCUAACCACUACACUACCGCGACCGCGCGGCGGCCGGCGGCAGGGAGGCUGCGGAGACAUGGGGGGACAUUUUACGCUUUUGUGAAAAAAGCAAAAGAUUUAGCGAAAAACACGUUAAAAAUAACUUGCAGAAAAUUGUCUGCUCUUUCAGAUAAGAUACUUAGGUUUGAUAUAUCUUGUGCAGACUUCAUUCUACAGUGCUUCGAAAAUCGCUCAUUUACAUGGGGAUUGAACGGGGCUUCGAGACUUGACUCCAAAUGACGUCACGAGCUGACGUCACGAAAAGGUAGAAUCGCCGGACGACCCUACCUGGUAUAUAGGGCCUUGUUCCAAUGGAUGGCGGCUGGGUGGCGGUUGUAGUGGUGGACAAGACAAUUCUUGAGUGAAAUGAAAUCAUUUGCUUUCAAAGAAGAAUUUUGAAGAACUUGUAAUAAUUGACAAAUGAUCGUUAAUUACAGUGUAUAAUUUCAAGUUCAUGGCAAAUGAAAAUAUUUUAAACAAUGCUAGUGAACCCCAGUACCGCCGCGCGAGAAAGCAAGUACUCGACGCACGGUCUGCCCGCCACUUCUGAAAAUGGUCCGCGGCCGGCCGGCCGCGUCCCGACACGAAGCUGCGAAUGCUGCAUGCUCCGGAAACUGUUUAAUCUUCGCAUAAUAUCGUAAGGUCUGGCUGAAUUGGUGACGACGUAACACAACUGGCACAAUGUUCAUGGGGUGGAAGACUAUGCUGGGAGUGGCCCUGGGCACCUGUGUGCUACACACCCUACACACGGUGACUCUCAACACGUUCAAAAGUGGCAUAGUCACGUCCUCAAUACCAGAAUGGAAAAUACUGCUGGUCGCAGAAGAGAUGGUGGCCACGGUGAAUGCGCUGAUGGCGGUCGCCGUCGGCUGGUACACGGUCAACCGCACCGGGCACGACAUCAUCAACGCGCGCGCGCCGCUCAUCUACGACUGGACGUGGCUGGUGCUGCUCUACUUCGUCUACGACAUCUGGGCCAUGUACCGCGUGCACGCGGCCAAACUCGAGUACCGCGGCUCGCUGCUGGAGCGCGUGCGCGACUUUGUGCGCGUCAAGCGACUGCUGAUUGUUCACCACGUGGCGAUCACGCUGCUCGGCGGCCCAGUGGCGCUGCACCUCCGCGGUAGCAGGGGCGACUUUGUGAUUGGCUGCUUCUUCCUUUUGGAGCUGAGCACACCAUUCGUGGCGCUCAGAGCCACCCUGGCAGCGUUUGAUAAAAAGACUACGCUUCUAUACAAGGUGAACGGUGUUAUGAUGGUGGUCGCAUUCUUCAUCUGCCGCAUUCUCAUAUUUCCGUUUAUGUACGUCGCCUGUGCAAGAACGUACGAAGUAUCAGUCAUGCAGGUGCUGGCCAAGAUUCCGUGGUACUGUCACACGGGUAACGUGCUGAUGCUGGCGCUGCAGCUGCACUGGUUCGCUCUGAUGGCUCGCGGUGCCGUGCGGGUGCUGCGCUCCGGCGACGCCCGACAAGACAUCAAGGAGGAGUAGUCGCCGCCUGCCUUCUGUGGCCGCUCACACUAGACCCAUGUCACAUCUCUGUCACUGCGUGCAUCCCUCAUACGUCUGGCCAGGGAACACGGGCUCGGAUGAUGAGCCGUGCAGCCGAUCCGGCCGACACGGCUUGUGCAUCUUCACAAGCUAGCUCCUUCAGUUCACAGUGAUUUUUCACUUAAACAUAGGAUCUGUACCUGAUGUAGAUGACCAUCCGUAUGUUAUUUCUGAGCUGAGACAUCUAAUUGCUACUUAAUUUAUAGGCUAACUAUUUCAAAGCAAAAGUUGUAAAACAUGCCUUAUAUUUUGUCCAUCAGUAGGUACUAGUUGAUUGCAUCUACUUUGAAAUUCAAUUGCUUCACGUAUCCAACAUUGUAUUGCUCGUUGUUGGAAUCGUAACUGGAUGAGUGAUUAUAAACUUUUGGAGCAAGAUUUGGAGCGUAGGUAUGCAUCAUGAUAAAUUGAAGAGGCAUUCUUGCAUGUUUGUUUCAGUGUCUCAACUAAUUAACUUCUAAGCCAUAUCUGCUGGUAAGUUUUGAAGAAGCUGACACGAAAAGUUUCUAUGGGGAUAUCCCCAUGGUUUAGCAGUAUUUUUACCGUAAAUUUAUAGAUGCCUUCGGCUUAUGUUCAUAUGUGCAUGAUAUCACUAUCGUCGAUGCAUCUUCUCUGCUGAACUAUGAGAGAUCUGUAGAAUCACAUCUUUACCAUUCAACAUGCGCAACAUCACUACUUAAAAGGGAACAAAUGUGUGCUUGUUGUGACAACGGACCCUUCCAAGUGUUGUAUGCAGCCUCCGUUUCAAUGUGCCCUCGAAUACCAUCGUGCAGAAAAGUGUCUUAAUCGGACGUGUUGCAAUGUCGCAUCUCCCCUCGGGGGCAGGGUCCUUCCUGUGAUAAUUUUCGCUGAGAAAUUGUCCGGUGGCCAACGGGGCUGUGUUAUUGGUACGGCGCGGGAUGUGUGUGUGCGUGAGUGUGCAGCUUUGACUUUCCACCGUCAUGGCGAGCGGAGCCGGUGUAGCGGACAGCGCACAGGGCACGCACAGUAGGGCAAGCGUCGCCGGGGUCGGAUAGGGGAUAACCGUAGGGGACGUCUCUAAUAGCGUUCUUUCCUGGUCAUAUUAUGGGAUGCUAUCCGUAGCAUAAAGUGGAAGUCUAUUGCGUACUGAAAUCGCGAGCGAGGAUGUGCAUUGAUCCAAACAAUUAAUGCUCUGCUCUUUGCCGUGUGGCAUCUGAUUCCGCUUCAAGACUCCGCCAAAGUGGAUUAAAUCGGGUAGCGGAGCCGCUGAGUUGACUGUUCGCCGCUGCGUUCCGGCUGGUAUCCGCGCUGCCCACUGCUUCCGUGUCGUACUCCGAUCCGAUUCGCCCGCGGUGGGAUAGCUGCUGUCUAUCGUCAUCUAGUCUGUCGGCAUAGUGUGCUGGGAAAGGUGCCUUUGUGCGCAGUGUGGGUGUCUUCGCUUAGCGAGCGUAUUUAACUGUCUGCUGUUACGAACUUGUGAUGCUCGUGUCAGCUGUUAGUGAUUGAUGUUUAUUACUUAUUGUGUGCUUAUCUGGUCAUUGAACGGCGAGUACUAUUGGUAACGUAUCGUGUGUGAAUCGAUCGAUUGUUGUAGAGCUUAGGCUGUCUCACCUUUGCUUAUAUGUGCGCCAUAAUACAUGUAGCGUGUUUUAUUUCA